AUGGCGUGGGGUUAUUGGUCUGCGUCCUCCGUGAUGCCCGACCGCGGGCGGAGUCCCAGAAGAGCUGGCACUUCCGCGGUGCACGUGCACCCGAACCCACCAACCGCUCGUGAAGUAAUGGAAACUCAUGACGAGAGCAUCUUACAUACGGCGUCGACCUCCCGCGACAGCAGAGAGCAUUCAGCGUCCCCUCAUUCGUCGUCGAAUGGUGGACAUUCGCACCACCACGAAGUGCGACACGCGGUGCCAGCGAGCGCGCUAUUCGGAGAGAGCUACGGGGAGUUAUCGAGAAGACCGUCAUUAGACCUGGGGUCUGUUCGGAGCGCGUUAGCGUCUUGCUCUGGUGGUGGUACUCUUAGUGCCGGCUCUACUCUGACCCGAGGAGGGACGUUAGCCGAUUACCUACCGCCGACCCCGUGCCCCCAUCAUCACAGAGUCUACGUAGACCACCAUAAACAUUACGAACAGCCGAUCCAGCCGGUUCAUGUGGGGGUACCUCAUUAUUCUCACUCCCACUCCCACUCGCACGCGUCGAGUCGCCACCACACCGACGAUGAAGACGAUCUGGAGCCCGCAUACGCCACAGGUGUUGCUAAAAGUGAAGUUGAUGAAGAAGGAGACGUCAAAAUAAUGUUUUACAAGACAGUAGAUAAAACUGGUAAAAGGUUCAAAGCAGUAGAUACUGAUAUUUCUUACGAACCUUACGAUAACAUCUUAGAAAUUGUUCCUAAUCCUAAAAUUGUCGUAAAAGAGCAUCCCAAUGUUUCAUAGUAAAAUAAUUUUCAAAGUAGACACUUAAAAAUGAAUAUUUAUUCUUAAUGAAAAAAGCUUAAAAAACCAUUUGUUCCCGGGCAGUGUAAUGUUAUCUUCAUUUCUACACCACCUGCAAUCUAAUCCUGGUACCUUCUCUUCUGGAGGCUAUCUUUAUCCGGACACCUGGAAGCUCGAGCAGCUACUCAGCUUUGAGCUAUUAAAGGAUUUCCUGCUUGACGCUCUGGGAGAUACUACGCCUCUUCAUGACUACGCACCAAUCGCCUACGCCCCUCAAUACUGCUAGAGGAUAUUGCCGUCCUCUUGAGCUGAAAUCAGGCCACUUCUGUCGUCCUUUCAACGUCGCCAACGGAAUUUCACCGCCGACCCACGCCCCUUUACGGCACCACCUUCACUACUAACAUACUCAUUACACUUCACAACUCUCCUCACAUACCUCUUUUAUAUUAUUUCUGUACAAUCUUUCGUUUUUGUCAAUAAAUUAUUUAAUUAGACUUAUCCUCUUUAAAUUCUGUAGAACCUUUGUUUUAUAACACAAUAAAUUGUAAUUGUCAACCAUCGGCCGCACCGUAUCUGUGAUCUAUAUAUUUAUAUUGUCAAUAAACUCAUUAUUUAGUGCUUGUCAUCGUUCAUUUUCAUUAAACAUUCCCAUUUCCAUUAGAUCUCCGCUUCAGUUCUCAUUAGAAUAUUACUAAUUUGAAUAUAUCCAACUACGACUAUAAUUUUGGAAGUCAGAACGUGAACGUGAAAAUAAAAAUUAAAACUUCAGAAUUUGAUUUCCCUGGGGAGCUAUCUUUAGCUAUUCCUGCCCCAAAAAUCAAUCUGAAACCUCCAAAAGCUCCACCUCCUUCCGUUCCCCGCAAUUUUUUACAAUUAACGGAUUAUAAUCGUGGAGGUGGCCACGUUGGAGCUUUACGAGCCAAUCUCUACGGCACGUGGACUGAAUCCAGAAUUGAGCCCCACCUGGAUUAA